AGCUCUUUGCAUUCUUACAACUGUUGGCUUAACAUGAUUUAAUCAAAACUGACACAAGGCUUUCUUUAUAAUGUCCCUCGUCAUAAAGAAAGGUCCAACAAUCCAUGCAAAUAUUUUAACUGCUACUUUGUUUCAGGCAGAAUUGUAUCUCACACCCCCUAAUUUCAACACUGCAGAGACUGUUAUAAAAGUCCAGGUAAAAAUGAAGACAUGGACAUUGUGCUGCAGGUACGUUGUGCUCUACUUACAUUACUACUAUGAUAAUGAUAGUAAUAUGCUGCGGUGCUUUAGCGACAACAUCUCUAAUUCUGUCUUUUUUUUUCCUUUUUCUUUCAACCAGGAACGAACAGAAUCAGGAAGAAAGUAGAGUUUUUGACCCCUGACUGCAAAAACAGAGCGAACUACAACUAAUCUUCUAAAGGUUUGUGGUUGGAUAUUAAAAUUAAAGUAUUGUUCGACUGUGGACAACUAUUCUACCAAACUCAGAAAAGUGUUAGAGCAAGAAUUUAGCACCUAAUUUGAAAAAGUUGAAGGGUUUGACAUGUAUAAUUAGAUGUUAGAUAUUCAUUUAAUAAUUCACUUCUAAUCUUCUGUGGACCAACAGGGAAACUUUGUGUUCAUCCGUGAGCUGAUCACAAAGAUGUCAGUCUCGGCUGCUGUUCGGCUGAUGUUUGGAGCCUACAUGGUGACUGCAAAGGGAGAUUAUCCCUUGGACAUGGCUGAUAACUCUGUUGAUGACACGUAUGAUGGCUGUGCAGACAAAAUGCUUGAAAAAGUGAAGAAAGAGUUUCUGGAGAACGAGAAAAACACAAAUAAGAACUUUAGUGAUGCUUGGAAUGAAGCAGAGAUGUACUACAAAGGGGAAAAAAUCGCAUCAUCAACUUUGGAAAGAGAUGAGCUUGCAGCCAUUUAUGUUUACACACAGGCUCCGACAAACAUUUACUAUGAAUUAAAUAAGGCAGUUCAAAAACAGGGAAAAGAGUACAAGACCGGGUUCAAUUAUCACUCCCUGCACUAUUUUCUUACAAGAGCUAUACAAAAACUUGCUCCCAAAAAGAGCUUUACAAUAAUGUGUUGCCUAAAAGAAAAAAUAAAAUGUCACACUUCUUACAGGAGAACAAAUGUCUCCUUCGAACAGGAUGUUCUUAACAAGAGCAUACGCUUUGGUCGUUUCACUUCCUCCUCACUGCAUCCCCUGAAGUCCAAGGAAGGCAUAAAUUUGGGGGAUACUUAUGGAGAAAAAAGUUGCUUUGUGAUUGAAACAUGCUAUGGAGCCGACAUCUCACCAUAUUCCUGGGUGAAGAUCGAUUCAGGGAAAGACACAGAAGCAGAAAUCUUGAUUCCUCCGUAUGAGGAGUUUAAAGUCACCAAAAUAGAGACAAGAGAAAAGGAUAAAGAGCUUCCCUGUGAGGUUGUCUAUACAGUGAAGAGCACUCGGGAACCUGUUUCAAGACACAAUUGUGCUUUCUUCGAGCCCUCCCGGUCUCAUGGAUGA